GAAAGUUUCGCCAUCAAUGUAAAACGAGUUAAAAUGAUUCAAAACAUAUACAACACUAUGAAAAUCAUCUAUUAAAUGAAUCUACCCAACCAUCAUAUUUCAGCGCGCGUUUUACCUGUCUUCUUUUUUUCGGUGGUAUAGAGGCGUGAAAAUGAAGCGUACUAUAUCGUAUAUUGAAUCAUAAAAAAAUAUUGUUGACUUAAACUUACUGUGAUUCAGGAAAUAAAACGUUAAGAGAAGGGUUAGGAUAAUAUCUGGAUAGGAAAUAGAUGGAUUUUUUUUUAAAUAUAGAAAAGUCAUAUGGCGACUUUCCAUGGUACAGAAAAACACCAGUGACCAGGUACUCCUCUGGGCAUUAUUGUAUUACGGGCGGGCACAUAGGUAGAACCACCGAACUUUCGUAAGCCAGCUGGAUAGCUUCACCACAUGAAGAUUUCUACGCAUAAUUUGGGGCUCAAACCCUCAUCGCUGAAGGGCAAGUGAUUUGAAGUCACCGACUGUAACCACUCGGCCACGGAGGCCCCUCAUACCUCAGAGGAGUCGCAGAUACACACUCAAACAGACAGAGUCAACACAGAACAAGUCAUAUCUUGGCAACAUACAACCCAUGGAAACAGAGUGUAAACAGACCUGUUUGUAUAUGAGCGGUCUGUGAUUAGUCAGUGUCAGUGUACUAUUAUAACAAAACAAAGCCUAUUGGUCGGUGUAGCAAACAACAAAUAUCAUAUCAAAAUGAGACUUAGUUUUAAGAAUACAUUUUUAUUUUUGCUUGUAUUGUUUAUAUUUAUGUCUGGUUUAGUUUUAUUUAGAAUCAGAACAUCCAAAUUUACAAUAGUUAUUUCUUCAGAAAGAUUCAGAGAUAGAACUCGUUUAUUUGAUGAAGAGUUUCGAUUCUGUUAUAACUACACAAUGCUGAAGAAAAACAUAGAGAACACAGCUUACGCUUGGCACAACCACGCAGAGAACUUAACCAAACGAAACUAUAACAUAGAAAUCAUAUUUACAGAUUCAAUUCAUAGAACAUUUUCAAAAACAGUGAAUCACUUAUCUCGUGUAGCUUAUAUAGAAGGAGUAGAUUACUUUCUUUUAACAAGUAAAAAUACUUAUAGACUUUUACGUAAUAAAAACUGGAAAGCAAAAUUUAUUCAAAUACUAAAUAAACAUAACGUGCAAAAUGUUGGGAUAGUUGUACCUGAAGAAAGAACCAGUAAACAAAGCGGUGAACAUGAUUUUAUUUUCAUUCAUAGAUCCCAUAUGGAUGUAUUUCAACCGUUCUUCCCAAAGAAGCUUGAAUAUAAGUCUGCGAUAUUUUGGUUACAAGAAAUUUACAAGCCUUUCCUUGUGACAAAGAUAGAUCUAGAAGAAAAUUUUGAAACAAACAGUUUUAGAACUGUAAAAUUUGAAAUAGGAAACAGCAUUGACAAUCAUUUAUUUCCGUCGGAUAAAACAUACUUGUACACUUACAUUGGUAAUAAGUCUCCUAUUAAUGUUAUUUCUUUCUCGUUAUACGGAGCAGACGACCGUUAUACAGGUGGCGCUCUUGCAAAUGUUGAGCUUAUGAAAACAAUAUACCCUGGCUGGAAAAUGUGGAUAUAUCAUGAUAAAACUGUUCCCUUUAAGGUUCUUUCAACAUUAUGUUCUCAAUAUCACGUGCAAUGUAUCGAUAUGACAGGAAGUGCACUCAGAAACCGCAUGUCCUGGCGAUUUCUGGUCGCGUCUGUACCAUUUGUUACUCGAUACGCUAUUAGAGACAUAGAUGCAAGAAUUUCACUGCGAGAAAGAGCAGCCGUGGAUGAAUGGAUUUUAUCGUCGAAACGUUUUCACGUCAUUCGGGACCACCCGUCACAUUCGUUGUAUACGAUAAGCGGGGGAUUGUGGGGAGGGACUAAAGAUGCAGUUCCUAAUAUGGAAACUUUAUUAAAAAAAGAUAAUUUGGAAGACACUUACAUCCGUGAUAUGGAUUUUAUGAGAGAUGUUAUUUGGCCGAUGGCUAAUCAGUCUUUGUUUCAACAUGAUUCAUUUUCAUGCGAUAAAUUUGGAGGGGGAAAUCCUUUUCCCACAGCCCGUAUCGGCUUGGAGCAUGUUGGAAGUGUAUACAUAAAUGGUAUGAUGAGACAGGUCGAUACUGAUUUGCUCAAAGCAGCGACAGCUCCUGCACAAUGUUCCUGCAUCUGACUGGAGCAUGUUGGAAGUGUAUACAUAAAUGGUAUGAUGAGACAGGUCGAUACUGACUUGCUCAAAGCAGCGACAGCUCCUGCACAAUGUUCCUGCAUCUGACUGGAGCAUGUUGGAAGUGUAUACAUAAAUGGUAUGAUGAGACAGGUCGAUACUGACUUGCUCAAAGCAGCGACAGCUCCUGCACGAUGUUCCUGCAUCUGACUGUAAAUCUAUCAAAGUGCUACACUAAUCCGUCAGUAAUGGCUUUUUGUAACACAAUGAAAUGAUGGUCAGCUGCUUAAUGAUUGUGCAGUCGGGUAUGAUUCAUGCCAGACAAGAGGAAUGCUUUUUCACUGACGGACAAUAAAAGGUUGUCAAGCCAUUUUU